AUGGGUCUCGGUGUCUUGGAAGACCACAAACUCUCGCAUGUGCCCGGCACAGUUCUUCUGAACGACGAGGCUGCCCAUGCUGAAGCACAAACUGGAAACCUCAAACAUGGAACGGGAAAGAACUCACACAUCGUUCUCUCGCCUCAACCCAGCGACGAUCCAAACGAUCCUCUUAACUGGUCCCCCGUGAAGAAAGAGUCCAUCAUCUGGAUCCUUGCCUUUGGAUCUAUGUUGUGCGCCGCGACAAACGGUCCCUUCUUGAAUGCUUCCUAUUUUGCGAUUGCCAAAGAAAUCAACAAAGAUCUCACCACGACGGUCAUGGUCUCUGGUUAUAACAUCCUCGCUAUCGGUUGUAUCGGUCCCUUCGUUUGUGCCUUCAGUCGUCGCUAUGGUAAACGUCCCGUCUUCAUCGUUUCCACGCUCUUCUGUAUUGUCGGCACGGCCAUUGGUGAAGUCAAGGCCAGCUACAACUACCUCCUGGCUGCUCGUAUCGUUCAAGGCUUCUCCACCAGCGCGUUCGAGUCUCUCAUCAUUUCGGUCGUUGGAGAUCUGUACUGCGUGCACCAGCGAGGCUUGAGGAUUGCGACCAUCAACUUUGUACUCAACUCGGCCUCCAGUUUGGCCUCGAUCAUCUGCGGCCAGGUGUACAAUGACCUGGGUCUUCUCUGGCUGUUCCACCUCUUCCAGAUCUUCCUGGUCGUCCAGUUCAUCCUCAUGUUCCUCUUCUGCCCCGAAACCACCUAUCUCCGGGAAACCAUCUACGAGACCGACACGCUUCAGACCGAGACGUUCGAACAGAUCGACAAGGCCAACGAGGAACACCGCGAGCAGGCCAUCGCCGUCAAGGAACUCAACGAAUCUUCGCCCUCGGUCACCGGCGCGGCCCGCCAAUACAAGAAGAAGACCUUUGUCCAGGAACUCAAAAUCUACAACGGCGUCUUCUCGCACGACAACAUUAUCAAGUGGCUCUUUGGCAUGCUCCUGACCCUGUGCAACCCUGGCGGCUUUUACGUCAUCAUCGUCUCUGGUCUCUUGUGCGCCUGGUACGUCGGUUCCGCCAUCAUCAUGGCCGGCAUCUUCGCCGGUCCCCCCUGGACUUUCGAUGCCGCACAGAUUGGAUAUCUCGGCACCGGCCCCUUCGUCGGGGGCAUGAUUGGCAGUAUCUUCCUCGCUCUUUUCGGAGAUCGUGUCAUGAAGUGGAUGACAGUCAGGAACAAGGGAACCUAUGAACCCGAGUUCCGCCUCGUCUUCAUGAUACCUUGCGCCAUCUUUUGUGGAUUCGGAAUGUUCUUCUUCGGUUACGCCAUGGCAAACGGCUUGAGCGCAAUUCUCUGCUCCUUCCUCUGGGGCAUGAUGAUGUUUGGUGUCAUGAUCGGUGUCGUCGCCACCAUGGCGUAUGGUCUCGACGCCUUCCGAUCUCAAAGUAACGAGAUGUUUGUCAUGAACAUGGUUUUCAAGAACUUCAUGUUUUACGGUCUCUCCAACUUUGCCAACAACUGGGUCGCUUCCAAGGGACCCGAACAGAUCAUGUUCACCUUCGGCGGGACCACCCUGGCCAUGUGCGUGUUCGGCAUCCCCGUCUACUUUUACGGCAAGCGCCUGCGGAGCUGGUGGGCCCGCCACGACCUCUUCAUCAAGUUCAACAUGCAUUCCACCGGACCCGAGACACAUUUGGGAUGA